GUUCACGACACUUCAAAUUUUAAAUUGUGCGUGUUGCAAGAUUCAACACAGGUUUAUGCUGCUCCCCGCAGACCACCAUCACGCUGAGGUGGUUCUGCUGGGCCUCGCAUAUUGCCGCUCGAGCGUCACAGCUCUUUAGCCAUCUAGUGAUAGCUUCAUGAAUGCCUCUCCUCGUCUGGACGACGUCAACAGCGAAGCCGUGACGGUCCAGAGGCACCACCCCGCCGUCUCAAACAACACCCCAGUCACCAAGAAACGCCAGUAUGAAGAGAAACGGGACGAAAAGAGGGGAUCCCAAAUAAGAUGUGAAAUCAAGCCAUGCAUAAUCAGAAACCGUCAAGAACAUCGGCCACCCCUCCACCCCGGCAAACUUCAGAGGGAAAAAAAUGCACGGCCGCGACCUGCUACGGGAGUACGAUACUCCAGAUGAUCCCAUGCAAGGCCAUGCUUCCAUAUAUGACCUCUGGCCCGCCUUGUCUCGUCUUCUCUUUUGUCUCUCUCUUACACUCGACGUCGACUACAUCGUUCCGCAGCUAAUACACUCUCUUUCAUUGCCCAACUGGCUUGGCUGCUUACAUUCUUUACUGUAGUUUAUAGCGUUGUUUAACUUUAUUCCAUUCUCUUCAAUAUCCAUAACUUUUCCCAACAUCUUCGCUAUCUUCGACAGACAGACAUUACAUUCUUCUCGCAGCCUCGGCCUGCCCUUUUACCAAACCUUCGAUUCUUGUCGCUUGCUGGUUCAACAAGUCUAUUUUCAGCAUACAACUUUGAUCAAUCCGUCUUUCACAUCACUUAACGAUAAACGACUAUUAUGUCUUCCCCACAAAUGAACACCUCUGCCCAUGUGGCUCCAUCCAACUACUCUCCGGUCGAUGCCAUCAACCGACACGACUAUGGAGUGCAGAAGAAUAGAAAGCAGGCAUCAACUGGUGGUGGGAGAGCUUGGAGUGAGGAUGAAGAGGUUUAUCUACUUCAGACUCGUCUCCAGAAGAUGCCUUACAAGCAUAUCGCCGCUCACUUGAAGAAGACCGAGUUGGCUUGCCGUCUUCACUACCAUCAAUUGUCCCAUGGGAGCAACCGCCGCAAGCGAACCAGUUCCGUCACCUCGUCUGGUGCUGGUUCCGUUGCUCACUCCCCAAUCAUGUCUCACUCGAUGCCAUCCCCCAUCAACGAGAACAUGCAGCCCGUUACUCCACCCACCUACAACUACUCGCCCCAAUCACCCGUCCACGUUCAACUCCCUUCAGCAUCUACUCUUCUCCACCGAUCCGACUCCACCAGCCCUUCUCGAACUCUUAGCCACCCAGUGGCCAUCCUCCCCAAGCCAUCUCCUCCCCGUCGUGCUCUUUCCGACUCAUCUGCCAACCCACCACUCCGUCUCGACUGCGAUAUUGCAUCUGGUCAGGUCAACAUCUCAAAUGUAGACAAGGAGCGUCUUCGCCAGAUCUACGAGGCUCACCGGGCUUCAUUCUGGGCCGUCAUUGCUUCCGAAUAUGGCGGAGGAGUUUCUCCAUUGUUGCUUGAGGAGACAUGGAAGCGAGGAAUCGCAACCAAUGCUCCCCCGACUCCAUGCGUUUCUCCCGACACCCAGACUGUCCGCAAUGGUGGUUACCAGACAUACAACCCAAAGCCUAUGCAACAGCUUCCAACUCCAGUUCAGGAGAACAAGACCAACGCUACCAGCAUCUCAGCUCUCUUGGGCAUUGAUGCCAGCCCACGCAGCCCAAAGGAGCGUGAAAUGAUCAAGCGCAUGGAAGAGCGAAGAGACACCCGAGACAUCGUCAUGGCCGGCAUUGAGAUGGGGCAACGAUGCGACUAAGAACUUCAUGAGUUAUUCUUCGUUACAGGAUUUUAAUGAUUGAGGGUGGUGGAUGAUGUUUGAUUCUUUCGGAGCUUUAGGUGGGAGUUGGGGGGAGGGAAGGAGUCUGGACGAUUCAUGUCUUCAUGACUCAUGGACUGAACGAUGGGCGGUUUUCUUUUAUUGGUGUUUCUGUUCUAGGUGUGAUGUUUCGUCGUUGCUGCUUUGAGCUGAACGUUUACAAGAAAAGUGGAGGUAAAGUUGAAGAUUUGGCGGUUUUGUACGAUAGAGUUUUGUUGCUUUGAGAAAUUCAAAUAUUCUCCAUAUCCACUUCAUCCGCCCGUGUCGUUACUGCAUUGUUUUGAUCGGCAGCGUUGUUUGAACCGUCCGAGAUCAUACUACUGGUAUUAUGCAACUUGCAUAACAGAGCAUCCUCGUAUUGACGUUCUGAAUCUGUUGUGGUUCUGAAGUGUUUCACUCUGUGACGAAUGUGACCGCAUUGAUUUAAGC